GGGGCGGGAGCGGCGGCCGGGCCGCGCCAUCCGCACCCCGCCGGCGCCGAGAGCGGCCGGGCAGCGGGCAGCCCUGCCCACCGCCAUCCUCUCCUCCGGCGCGGGAGAGAGCCGGAACAGCCCGGCCCUCCCUUUGCCAGCAGCAGCUGCAGCCCUGGAGGCAGCGCGGGGUUCCCAGGAUGAGCGGGACUUCGCUCGGGAUAACGAGGAGGAGAGCAGCGCCUCUGGGAUUAUGCUUUGGAGCAGGCUAAAACCAACCCAACCUUCUGGCUAAGCUCAACACUGGAAGCUAUCUAGCAAUAUAGGCAUAGAACAGGAGGCCACACCCAUCACAACCUGUGGUGUGUCUGCCAGGAGGGUGCAGGAGAACAAUUUCACACAGCGUGAGCAAAAGACGUAGCUGAGUUUUCUCACAGCAUGGAUAACAGCAGUGGUCCUGUUCUUCUCUUUACCUUGCUCCUGACGCAGAACACGAGCAGCCCCAAAGCCUCCUCCCCUCCUGCUGGCUACGAGAUGGCAGAACUUCCAUUCCCAGGAGCCAGCCUGAGCAGGAAUCACUCUCUGGUAGAGUAUGGGCUGAGGCCGGGGGAAAUCGCAGCAGCCAGUGUGGUUUGGGGAGUGCCGUGGCUGAUCUCUGUCAUGGGAAACUUCCUGGUUUGCUUAGUGAUCCACAGGAGCAGAAGGACACAGUCCACCACCAACUACUUUGUGGCGUCCAUGGCGUGUGCAGACCUGGUGAGCAGCGUGGGGAGCGCGCCCUUCCUGCUGCUGCAGCUGAGCUGCGGGCGCUGGGUGCUGGGCAGCGGCGUGUGCCGGCUGGUCAGGUACAUCCAGUACCUCACGCCCGGGGUCCAGCUCUACGUGCUCCUCGCCAUCAGCGUGGAUCGAUUCUACACCAUUGUCUACCCCCUGAGCUUCAAAGUGUCCAGGGGGAAAGCCAAAAAAAUGAUUUUGGCCUCCUGGCUCUGUGGUGCUCUGUUUGCGUCACCGGCCAGUUUUCUCUACGGCUCCAAUAGCAACCAGCACUGCAACUUUUUUCUCCCCAGCUCUUGGCAAGGAUCUGCCUACAGUAUCACCCACCUCCUCCUGGUGUUUAUGAUCCCAUCCCUCUUCAUUAUCCUUUUUUACCAGAAAGUCAUUAAGUACAUUUGGAGAAUAGGCACAGAUGGAAUGACUGUCAGGAGAACAACAAAUAUUGUUCCGAGAGCAAAAGUGAAAACCAUCAAGAUGUUCUUAAUGUUAAACUCAAUGUUCUUCCUGUCCUGGCUGCCUUUCUUCAUGGUACAGUUGUGGCACCCACAGGAAACAGACUACAGAAAGAGCUCCUUGCUUUUCCUGGCCAUCACCUGGAUCUCUUUCAGUUCCUCAGCCUCCAAGCCAACCCUCUACUCCAUCUAUAAUGCAAACUUCAGAAGAGGGAUGAAAGAAACUUUUUGCAUGUCUGCCAUGAAAUGCUACAGAAGCAAUGCAUACACCAUCACCACCAGUUCCAGGAUAGCAAAAAAAAAUCAUGUUGGUAUUGCAGAUAUUCCAGCUACAGCCAAAAGUGUCACCAAAGACUCCACCUAUGAUGCUUUUAACAGGGAAGCCAAGGAAAGAAAGCUUGCCUGGCCCAUUCCAUCCAAUCCCCCAAACACGUUUGUCUAGUUGGCUGCAUUGUUUUGAAAAGUUACUCUGUACCCCCAGAAGAAGGAAUUUUCUCUCCUUUGGAACCAAUGUAUAGCUACACAUUUUUAACCCAGUUUUUUGUGGGGGGAUUGGGAGGGGAGAGGGUGGAAAAGAGAUGUUUUAUUUUAUUAAAUGCCUUGGGUUUGA